GCUCUAUAACCACAUGCCCUUUUGCGAAAAUUCGAUCGCCGUGGGCCAAUUCUCCAUUCCCCCAGAUGCAGGAUGGGCCAGAUGCAUCCCCAUCUGAGCGUAGCCCCAAACAGGCCUAGCCCCAUCUGGAGCUGACUAACCCCCUGACUACUCUGUCACGAAUCCAGGUUCGCUGGUCCGUGCGCCCCAACUUCACGCGUUGUCUGUUUUUCGCACGCCUGCGCAGAGCCGCCGGCCGACGUCACGCCUCCUCCUGAUGCUGCCAACAUCCAUCAACCACCCGCCAACGAGGCUUCCGUUCGACUCCUAACUUGGCCAGCCCCGAGAAAAAGCUCGUCCAACGUCUGUACCGGCUUCCAGAUGCCUGGAGUCCCCGCCAACCCCCGGACCGAGCUCGCGCGCCACCUCUCCCUGACGCGGUGAUUCAACCCGACCCCCCUGCGCCAGCGAGCCCCCGAUCUGCUACAAACAUUGAUAUCUGUCCCUUUUGCAAUGGCUCCCACAUCGCCUACUCCUCGUCGACCUCUUGCGGCUAGGCGCCGUGGGCGUCCCCCCGGUACAACCAACGCGGCGCGCGCCGCGAGACAACAGGCUGCGAUGGCCGCUGGCGUCGCAUCCGAACCGCCGCCAAAGAAGCGGCGAUAUAUCCCAGGCGGUCCCGGCGGUGGUGGCCGUUUCAUCGAAUCCGAUCUUCUCGAUACUCCCAGUGCCGCCGGCCCAUCAACCGUUUCAAGAUCACGAAACGCCGCCCGGGAGGUCCUCAACGGAGCCUCCCCGUCCCUGAUGCCUCGGCGAGAGAGAAGCGCCCGAACGCGAGCGACCACUACCGACGACGAUCUCGAAGAAAUGCACUGGGGAUCUGCGGCAGCCAUGGCGGCUUCGGUGAAGCAGGCCGAAGAUUACAAACCCCGCGAGGAGCGCAGCUGGGAAGACUUCCACCCAAACCUUGAUAUUGAAGGGGCCUUCAUCGUCUUGCGUUCCGAGGAUGUCGAUGGCAUACCCCAGGAGGCCCCCGACACUCCAAUUGCCCAGACAACGGGCACGCCGAUGAAUAGCUCCUCCACCCCUUCAAGGCAGCCCAACCCCGCAUCUACCGGAAAUACCCCGAACCCGCAGGGUCACGCGGAGUCCAACUCUUUAGAUAACCCCAACGGCACUCCAUCACGGCGCACUCGGCGGCCGACUAGAGAUGUUGUUAGCUUCUAUAACAGCAGCAGCCGACCAAUAGACUUCACCACAACCCCCAAGACCCCCAAGAUCCUGCCCAUACAGAACCAAACGCCGAAGGAGAAACUGGACUUGAAACUACCAUCCUAUCGAAAGACGAACCGGAUUGAGCUCUUUGAGAGCAAAACAUUUGGACAGGCCCGUUAUGUUGACAAGGCGAUGAGUAAUGUCGGUUAUCAAGAGAGCGACCACUUCAUUCGUCCAGAUCAGACCCUUAUCAAGGCCUCGGAUGGGAACGCUGAAGAUGAUGCAGAUCAGUCCGAAGCUGCAAAUUCUGAAGAGCACAUUCCUUCCACACGAAUUGGUCGUGUCGAGUAUGACAUGGACGAGCAGGACGAUAUGUGGCUCGAGCAAUACAACAUGCAGCGCAAGCAACAUGAGCUGGAAGAAAUUACCCGCGAGGUAUUUGAGAUCACCAUGACCAAGAUCGAAAAGGAAUGGCAUGCUCUGGAAAAGAGGAUCCCUAAGCCUAAUCCAAAACCUCCUCAAACACACCGUCCGCGGUCCAGUUCCGCUGCUGCCGUUAAUGGUGAGCCGCAGUUGGGAGAAGAGCCGGAUUCGAAGUGCGCUAUUUGCGAUGACGGAGACUGCGAAAACACCAACGCCAUCGUCUUCUGCGAUGGGUGUAACCUGGCCGUUCAUCAGGAAUGCUAUGGUGUCCCCUUUAUCCCCGAGGGUCAGUGGCUCUGUCGAAAGUGCCAGCUUUGUGGCCGUGGAGUUCCGACUUGCAUCUUCUGCCCCAACACUGAUGGCGCAUUCAAGCAAACCAACUCUUCCAAGUGGGCUCACCUGCUCUGCGCGAUGUGGAUUCCUGAGGUGUCGCUUGGCAACCACACAUUCAUGGAACCUGUCAUGGAUGUGGAAAAGGUCCCUAAGAAUCGUUGGAAAUUAACUUGCUACAUCUGCCGACAGAGAAUGGGAGCUUGCAUACAGUGCAGCAACAAGAACUGUUACCAGGCCUUCCAUGUGACGUGCGCCAGAAGAUCUCGGCUUUUCCUCAAGAUGAAGACGAGCCAGGGUGCACUGGCCGUAUUGGAUGGCGGCAUGGUUCUCAAGGCCUUCUGCGACAGGCACUGCCCCGUUGAUUAUGCACAUGAGAACGGAGUUCAUCAAGCCACAAGGACAGCAAAGAAGUUCUACAAGAGAACCAUGAGGGGUCGCAUCUGGGCUGACAACCACGCCAUGGCCAAUGCCAUUGCUGCACAGCACCGCAACGCCAUCACGGAUCAUCCUCCCGAUGAGUCCCAAAUGACUGGUGCCAAGAAUUCCGCCGUGCUGGGUGGUGACAAGAAGAAGGGCCAGGCCCCGAAAAACCUUUGGAAGCUGCCAUCCGGUGCUCCCAUCAUCCCUCAAGCAGUGUUUGAGAUUGUUGAGGCAUCUAUCCAGCGAUUCCCCUUCCGCAAGCGAAAGGACUAUCUCAGUGAAGCCUGCCGUUACUGGACAUUGAAGCGAGAAGCCCGGCGAGGUGCUGCACUAUUGAAGCGCCUCCAGCUCCAAAUGGAGUCGUUCUCAUCUAUGGAAUUGACGAGGCGUGAUUUCGCUGCCAUGGGUCCAAGCGGAAAGGCUAGACUAGCCAGACGCAUCCAGUUCGCCCAGAACCUGAUCCGAGAUCUUGAACAGCUCAAGACCCUCUCGGAUGAACUCGUCGAACGGGAGCAGCUGAAAGUGGAAGCUGGUGAGCUCGAACAAGACUUUGUCGACGAGUGCUACUUCCCAGUAGCGAAGCUACUCUCCCCCGGAAUCGAGAGAGCAAUAUCGCUGGAUAAGAACGUCUUCAUGGACGGACUGGAAAUGCUACAAGAGCGCGUAGAAACUCGAUUUUACGUGACGGGGCUUUCAUUUGCAGCAGAUCUCUGCGAGAUUAUCAGCACGGGCAUUAGCACUCCUCCUAGGAGCGCCAGCGAGCCAUCUGAAUCGCACUUCGAGCCGAUUGAUGCUUCCCCGACAAAGAACACGUUUUCAGAUAUUCGAGAACGCCGUAAGCUGGGUAAACGCAUUUUGAAAGCGGUUCAGCCGUAUCUGGAGACGGCUCUGCGUGUCGAGUCAGAGAUAUCUCAGAAGCCCUUUGAGACUCUCCAGAAAGAGUUGGAGACGAUGGUGGACAAUAGCGUCGAGACUGGACGGCCAGCUGCUGCCCCGAACCGCGAAGAACCAAUUGAGGAGGCCGAUGAUACCAUCAUGGUGGAUGCCCCGCAGGCGUUGCAGAUCACCGUCAAGGGAUCACUCCCAGAGGAAGAAGACGCAAUGGAUACAGGCGAGGAUGGCGACGAAGAUGGUGGAAACAUCGAAGUCAAUACCUCUGGCCUGGGAAUCAUUGACGAAGAGGAUAGCAAGGUGGAGCUCCACAAUGGCAUCAAAUCCUCUGAUACGCCCCCGGACACAGAUGGAUAUGUCUCCAGGCCUCGACCAGUACAGUCCGGCCCCCCAACACCUCCGCAGUCUAACGGGAGCCUUGGCCUAGACCCAGCGGACCCUCUUACCGAAGGAGGAGUGCUCUGGUACCUCAAGGGUCACGAGCCACGAGGGACGUCGGUUCUUGGCGAGCACUGGGCUGGAAGAGAUGCCGUAAGGAUGCUCAGUGAGGAUCUGACAGACAUGGAUGAUGAAGAGUUGAAGGGCUUGGGGAUGGACGUGGACCACGGGGUUUCGUCCGUCGCAGUGGAGGUAAAUGGCCACGUGGAUGCAGAGACUACAGCUGCGAAGAGCAAGGCCAGCAAGGUGAAGAAGCGGAGGACUUCGACACGAAGGCGGUGAGCGAAUAUGGUGGGCUACGACGAAGAGGGUGUACCACUACGGGGCUAAGGAUCGUUUGCGGGGGGGUUGCUCUUUUUUUUCCCAAGGGGAUUUUUUUCUUUUGGAAUGAUACAGGUCAUAUACAUGUGCACCAUUCAGCUUGGCGUUGAAGGCAAGAUGGGGAUACUCAUAUUUUAAUUAUGUGGAACAGAGGGCGUCGAGGAGGUUAGGUGGAGAGGGAUGGGAUGGAUGUAGGGACAAGACGAAAUGAGAUAAAUGUAUGAACUCUUCGAAGCAUUGCAAGCAAGUAUCCAUAUAAUGAACCCGUG